CUUGUAAAUUUCUUGUAAUGUGGUCCAGUCUAAAAGCCAAAGACACACACAGGUCUGCAAAUUGGCAAAGAAGUGACGAGCUAGCUUUCUGUUCAAGCAAAUUUUCGAGUACAGCUACAGACGAAGCAAAGCAAGAGAUGUCGACUACCGUACAAGCGCUACCAGACGUGUCAGUUGACCAGCUAGACCAUGUGCAAGAGCAGCUAAUGCGUGAGAUGGCGAUCAAGGUGCUGGCUGCAGCAGAGGAAGAGGAGCGUGCGCGACGCAUCAGCGAGGAGACGCAAGGGAGCACACAGAAGAACGCAGUCUAUGACAAGCUGAUUGUAGUGCAAGAAGACCUGGUCAGAACCAUCAACCUCAUGAAGGUGAAGGCUGCUGAGGAGCUGGAACAAGGACAGAGGAUCACUGAGGACAAGAAGAGAGAUGUUCACGAUGAACUUGUCAGAAAGGCAACCGCUAAACAGGUCCACGAGGAUGUGGAGGCUGAGCGUGAGCGUCGGAUAGAUGCCAGCACUAACGACCAAUCAGACGAGGGCAAGGCUCGUAUGGUGACAUACAACAAACUGAUUGACGUGCAGGAAGACUUACUCAAGAGGAUCCGGACCAUGAAGGUGGAUGCUGCUGUUAAAGAGGAGCAGACUCGGAGGAUCACUGAGGACAGGAAACUGAACAUGCAGCAACAACUCGUCCAAGCGGUGGAGACCAAGCAAGCCGAUGUUGCCAUGGAAACAGAGCGUAAGAGACGCGUAGAGGAGGCACUAAACGAGGAGGAGAUAACACGUCGUGUGAAUAUUGCCAAUCGUCUGUUGGACGUGCAGAAAGAAUUGCUCGCCACCCAACACCAGGUCAAGCCUAUCUACUCCACUCCCCCUAGUCAAGUACUAGAGGACAUGAAGCUUCAUUUCCAGGAGGAGCUCACACGCAAGGCAGCACAGAGAGAGGCCAUCUCAGCCAUGGAGGCAGAGAGACAAAGACGUCUCAUUGAGAACGGGGAACCUCCUCAAGGUGCUCUAUCCGAUGCCAAGGCCGCGGUGCUCGAGUCGAUCGCAAGGGAGGCAGGAAAAAAAGAGGCAAAGAUUAUGGCAGAGACUGCUAGACAAGAGUAUAUGACGGCCGAAGCUAAAACCCGUUCUCAAGAGGAGACAAUGAGAAAGGUCCACCAGAAGCAGGCCGACCGUGCAAUGGACGACGAGAAGCGUGGGCGUGUAAAGGACAUGGACGGCAAAGCACCCCCUAAAGUGACCUCUGACCUCAAGAAGGAAAUUGUCGACCAUACUAAAUAAGAAACUCCCUCGUACAGAAUGGACACGUUUCCAUGACUACAUAUAUAGCAUGUGUAGAAGAUUAUCAGCUUUUAGAUUCAUGUCUCAGGUGCUCCCCAAAUUAAAUAUUUUUAUAUACAACCAUUUUUGUGAAAAAAAUUGAAUGAUGCUGCUAAUGAUGAUA